GGUUAAGAGGUUGCACUUCCUGUAGGCGCAGCGACGGUUCCAAAAUACAAAUAAAAAACUACUAAACUUCAACCCACAAAACGGUCACAAGAAGGCAAGACAAAUUCCCAAGAACACAACGGAACGUGAAUACAAUUGUCCGCGCGGCUGAGAGAAGAUGUUGCGGAGGAAACCGACUCGUCUAGAACUGAAGAUUGAUGACACUGAGGAGUUUGAGAGCAUCAAAAAGGAGCUUGAGGCACGGAAACGUCAACGAGAAGAGGCGGAGUCAACGGGUGGAGUCGGCGGGGACUCUGUGGCCGGUGGGCCCGAAACUCCACCCUCAUCUUCAACUGCGGCUUCGCGGACGGAGCUCAUCAACGAGCGCAUCGGCUUCAAGCCACACCCAAAACCCACCACCCUGCCUACCCUCUUCGGAAGUUUACAGUUUUAAUAAAUUCAGUUGGCUCGUG